AGGGAAGGCAUGAGUGGCAGACCCGCAGCAAGGCAGUGGGGUAAGUGUGGACCAUUGUGUAGAAGAGAGAACAUCAUGGUGGCUUUCAGAGGGGUCUGGACUCAAGCUUUCUGGAAGGCAGUCACAGCAGAAUUUCUGGCUAUGCUCAUCUUUGUGCUCCUCAGCCUGGGAUCUACCAUCAACUGGGGGGGAACAGAAAAGCCCCUACCUGUCGACAUGGUUCUCAUCUCCCUCUGCUUUGGACUCAGCAUUGCAACUAUGGUGCAGUGCUUCGGCCACAUCAGCGGCGGCCACAUCAACCCUGCUGUGACAGUGGCCAUGGUGUGCACCAGGAAGAUGAGCAUCGCCAAGUCUGUCUUCUACGUCACGGCCCAGUGCCUGGGCGCCAUCAUCGGAGCCGGGAUUCUCUACCUGGUCACACCUCCCAGUGUGGUGGGGGGCUUGGGGGUCACCACGGUUCAUGGAAAUCUUACCGCUGGUCACGGUCUCCUGGUGGAGUUGAUAAUCACAUUUCAGUUGGUGUUUACUAUUUUUGCCAGCUGUGAUUCCAAACGGACUGAUGUCACUGGUUCAGUAGCUUUAGCAAUUGGAUUUUCUGUUGCAAUUGGACAUUUAUUUGCAAUCAAUUACACCGGUGCCAGCAUGAAUCCCGCCCGAUCCUUUGGACCUGCAGUUAUCAUGGGAAAUUGGGAAAACCACUGGAUAUAUUGGGUCGGACCAAUAAUAGGAGCUGUCCUCGCUGGUGGCCUUUACGAGUAUGUCUUCUGUCCAGAUGUUGAACUCAAACGUCGUUUGAAAGAAGCCUUCAGCAAAGCUGCCCAGCAAACAAAGGGGAGCUACAUGGAAGUGGAGGACAACAGGAGUCAGGUAGAGACUGACGACUUGAUCUUAAAACCUGGAGUGGUGCAUGUGAUUGACAUUGACCGGAGCGAGGAGAAGAAGGGGAAAGACCCAUCGGGUGAGGUGUUGUCUUCAGUAUGA